GUGACAUUUUGAAAAAAAAACACUUUUCAUUCAAUUAUCGCUCGGUUUCAAUCAGCAUCUGUACGUUUUCCAGCGUAAAUAAGGUUAAAUGGACAAGCAUAUCUCCUCUUCAACGGAUACAGCACGGAAAAGAGAUUUCGACGAACGAUCAGAAGGAUCUGAUGAAUACGAGGAAUACGCACCGCCAUGUAAACUUACGAAGGGAGAUAUCGAUUAUAGAGUAGAUACGAGUACCACCGUUAUCAAAGCAAGUGUAUCCAUUCCGGAAGAAUCUGUUGGAUUGGUAAUUGGUCGCAACGGUGUAGAGAUUCAAGCAAUCUCUCAAAAAUCAGGAUGUCGAGUGCAGAUUGUCGCCGAACCAUCAACAACUGGGUAUCGGUCGGUCGAUAUUUAUGGAAUUUCGGAGAACAUUGAAGUUGCUAAGAAAUUAAUUAAUGAAGUUGUGGCGCGUGGACGCAAGUUAUCACAAGAGCCAUUGCCUUGCUCUGUUCCACAAUUUCAACCAAUACCGGCAGUUUCAAAUUCGUCAAAAGUGACUAUCAUUAUACCGAUUCCUGCAAAUAAGUGUGGCGCAAUCAUUGGUAAAAAAGGCGAGCAGAUGCGAAAGCUACGGUCUUGGACCAAUUGCGACUUUAUCUUGAUACAAGAAAAUAACAUCGCCGACUCAGUGAAACCGCUUCAAAUUACUGGACAACCAAAAGAAGUAGAGCACGCAAAAGCUCUUGUUGCCGAUAUUCUUGAUGGUUUCGAUGAAUGUCCUCCAGCUGGAAUGGCUGGAAACAGUCCCGUAGCAGCCAUGUCUCUUCAGGUUAAAGUACCACGUUCAACUGUUGGAGCAAUUAUGGGACUUCAAGGAAGUAAUAUUAAAAAGAUUUCAAAUGAGACAGAAACUAAAAUUCAGUUUAUGCCCGAUGAUGAUCCAAAGUUAAUGGAGAGAACUUUGGUAGUUAUUGGAAACAAGAAUAAGGUUUACGUGUGUGCUAGACUACUCCAAAAAAUUGUGGAAGCGAAUUCUGAGAAUGCGAACACUCCAAUUUCUUUGUUCUACAUGUUAAUUCCGGCUUCCAAAUGUGGUUUGGUUAUUGGUCGUGGAGGAGAAACAAUCAGACAAAUUAAUAAAGAAAGUGGAGCCUAUUGUGAGAUGUCUCGUGAUCCAAGUAUUUCUGCCAUUGAAAAACAAUUCGUGAUUCGAGGAUCAGAAACACAGGUUGAGCAUGCAAAACAUUUGAUCCGAGUGAAGGUAGGAGAUAUACCACCGAAUACUCCGUAUAUCAACACUCGAGCUGCUCAGCCACUGCAAUUUAGUCAUCAAAAUCCCACAGCAAUUGACUCAUGGCGUGCGCAACCAUUCACCACACAACAUCAGAAUUCAUUAUCACUUCCACAGCCUCAAGCACAUCAAUUCCCAAAUCUUAUGGCUUAUUCAGCUCGACUCGGUUAUCAAUCUCAUCCUCCACAACAUAAUUCAAAUGUAUACGCUUCUACAAUACAACAAUCGUUGAAUUCGCCAUCAGCUUCAGUUGUUGCAUCGAAUUCAAGGUUCCUAGAGUCAUUAUCAUCAGUUGAAGGAGCAUCAGAACCAGGACCGUCAUUAUACGCGAGAUAUGUUACAGAAGUUGAACAAUCUGAAAAGCAGCUUGCUCUUCUAGCAGCACAAAAAGCCGAUUCAAGCGCACCGAAUUAUGAAUCUGAUGAUAAUAAAGCAAGAAUCAUGGAAACUGACUAUUCCGCACAGUGGUUACAGUAUUAUACACAAAAUGGAGACGAAGCCGCUGCAGAAGCCGUACGAAAUAGAAUUGCAGAAUUGAAGCAACUCGGUGAAUCUGUGGGAUAUCCGGCGCACAACUGAUUUUUUUCCGAACGGUAUCAUGUUUUUGAAAGUAGAUAAUUAUAAAAUAAAACAUUUUGUUAUCAAUUCC